UCCACGUCGGCUGCAUCUGCGCACUGCUCUCUCUCUCUCACACAUACACAUCAAGUUUCAUACUUUAAAUAACAAGACAUUAAAAUCCCCGUGUGAGGUGACAUUUACCGUAUGGCAUCAUGUUUAAGAAGCUGAAGCAAAAGGUGAUGGAUGAGCAGUUGUCGCCGAGGAACAUCUCGCAGCAGGGGAGCUCUGCAGAGAGGCGCAGUAACCCUUCAUUCUUGCAUCAAGAUGCCCCGUACUCUCCUACCGACAGAGAGCUGCUGGCCGAGAUGAUAGCAGAACCUGCUUUACUGUCCGAGUAUACUAUCUUUGCUCUGGACAGCUCAAAUCGACCCAGAGCGGCCCAGGUGCCCAGUGUGAGCAUUUCUCGGGCAGCGGGCAGCUCUCCCAGAGGAAGCGUUAAUGGGGAUGGAAUCACCUCUCCUCAGAAAGAAGAUGGUCAGUCUCUUGCUCAGAAGCUUCAGCAGAAGGUGUCAUCAGUGGAGUCUUUGCUCCGGGGGUCCGGCCGCGGUGAAGGCCUCUUCCGCUCCGCCUCUCGGGACAGUCUGGUCAGAAGCUCCUCUCGGGAAUCCCUGACUCUCGUCGGGGAGAAUGAAGCCCAGCCCCCGGCUUUCGACCCUCCUUCAGACAUCGAGAGCGAAGCUGAAGAGAUGCCCGGCAGUGUGGAGACUCUGUCCAAAGAGCAGCUGUUAAACCGCCUGCACAGGGUUGAGAGGAGCCUGGGCAACUACAGAGGAAAAUACUCUGAGUUGGUCACAGCAUACAGAACAGUGCAGCGUGAUAAAGAGAAAACUCAGGCCAUCCUGAGUCAAAGUCAAGAUAAAGCUCUGAGAAGAAUAGGAGAACUCCGGGAGGAGCUUCAGAUGGACCAGCAGGCUAAGAAACACCUUCAGGAGGGGUUCGACGCUGCUCUAGAGGAGAAAGAUCAGAGGAUCACUGUGCUUCAGACACAAGUGUCUCUUCUGAAGAAACGGCUUCAGGUGUCUGGAGGUGUGGUCUUAGAGGUUGACACCUCUUCAUCCACAGAUGCGGUUGAUGCGAGCGCUGACCAUCAGAGCCCCACGAAAGAUGACAGCUCGACACUUAACGACGCAGAGGGCAGCAGUGAAGUGGAUGUUGAGGCUCUUCAGACGCGAGUGAAGAGACAGGAGAGUCUCCUGCAGAGAUGCAAAGAGAUGAUUCGCUCCAGUAAAGAGCGCACGGCGCAGCUGGGCAGCGAGAACGAAGUUUUACAACAGCAGCUACAGGAGAGACUGCAGGAACUUGAGAAAAUAAAGGAACUUCACACUACAGAGAAGACCAAGCUGAUCACACAGCUGGGAGACGCCAAGAACCUCAUCGAGCAGUUGGAGCAGGACAAGGGCAUGGUCAUCGCUGAAACCAAGCGUCAGAUGCAUGAGACCCUGGAGAUGAAGGAAGAGGAAAUCGCUCAGCUGCGGUCCAGACUCCAGCAGACUCUCGCACAGAAAGACGAGCUACAGGAACAUAAGGAGAAAUCAGAGAAAGCAGCGUUUGAGGAGCUGGAGCGAGCUCUGGGUGUGGCUCAUCGGGCCAAGGAGGCCCGUCGUCAGCUACAGGUCAGCAUGGAAGAGCAGAUGAAGCAGGUGGAGAAAGCCAGUGAGGAGGAGAGAAAGCAUCUUCAGCAGGAGCUCACCCGAGUCAAACAAGAAGUGGUCACCAUCAUGAAGAAGUCUUCCGAGGAUAGGAUAGCAGAAAUGGAGCAGUUACACUCGGAGGCUCUUGCAAACAAAGAACAGGAACUGAGCAUCCAGAUCAAACAAGCAGUGGAGCAGUGUCGAGAAGAGCUGCUGGGCUCGGCACAAGAUAGAGAGCAGCAGGCAUCUCUCGCGCUGGAGGAUGCUGAGCUGCAGAAAGCUGCAAUACAAGCCGAGGGCGACAACAAGGUCAAGGAACUACAGCUCGAGCUGGAAUCUGCCAAAACGAGAAUUCAAGAGCUUGAAAGUUGCAUGGGUGACUCCGAAAAGGACGUUGCUGAGUCGGUUGAAGUCUCAGCACAGAUCGAAGAACUGAGAAAGAAACACAAGUCUAAAAUAGCAGCUCUAAAGGAAAAACAUCAGGAAGAGCUUGAAAAGAUAAGGACGGAGCAGAUAACAACCCUUGACCAGCAGCAUAAUGUCGCCAUGGAAGAGCUUGUGCAAAAACACAAAGCGGGAAUAGAAAAGGUUCUGAAAGAGAAGGAGGAAGAGUUUCAUUCUCAUGUAGAAGAAAUGAACCAAAAGAUGCUGGAUAAGCUAAGUGACAAGCAAACAGACCUGGAUACACUUUCCUCUGAGUUUUCUGAUGUUCUGAAGAGUAAACAACAGCUGGAAGAAAGGCUUUUUUCGAUGGAAACUGACAGUCAAUCAAUGCGACAAGAGUUUGAAGAGAGGCUCAAGGAAGAACAAGUGAAAUUUCAGGCUGUGGUCGAGGCUGCGCAACAUCAGAAUGAACAAACGUUUGCAGGGGUGGAGAAAACGCUUAAAGAAGAGCUGAAUCAGCUGAAGAUGCUGUUGGAGGAGAAGGAGAAGGCUCUGGAGGAACAUCUGAUCAAAGAACAGUCUUUACAGGACAAUGUCAAGCAGGCGGUGGAAGAUGGAAGUGUCCAGUUAGAGGAGCUCAGACGGAGGUCACAGUCCGAUAAAGAGGUGCUCGAUGAAGCCUCGUCUCAGAUUAGUACGCUUGCAGAAGAUCUCCAACAAACCAGGAACCAAGUGGAAGGUCUUGAGAAGGCUCUUGAGAUGAUGCGUAAUGAUUGUCUAGAGAAACAGGUUUGCCUCGAACAAAAGACGAACGAACUUCAAGAACUAGAUCGAAAGUUUGCGCAAGUCCAAAAGGAUCAAUCCGAAAGAGAGAACUUGCAUGCAGAGACAUGUAAAUCGAUGCAGGAGGAGCAGAACAAGUUGAGGAAACAGCUGGAAGACCAAAAGAAUUCCCACGAGAAGAAACUUGAGAACAUUAGGAAAGACAUGGAUUGCAAGCUUAAAUCCCAGGAAAACAAGAUGGAGAAAUUCAAGCAGAAAGCCAAAGAAGCUCAAGAAAAGUUAAUGAAAAAGCUACUCGAACAUGAGGAGAAUGCCAAGACGGAGUUAUCCAAGAAAGAUCAAGAGUUGCAACAAAAAGAGCAGCAACUGAAAGAGAAGAUCUUGGAGAUUGCACAAGCAAGCUCUGAAGGCCUCAGCACCGCCGUCUCUGAUUUAGAGGCAAAUCACAAAGAACAGCUGGAGAAGCUUCACGUAACCCAAAAGCGAGAGAAAGAAGAUCUUGUUCAUCAUUGGCAAGAGAAACUCAAUCAGCACGAGGAGGAAAUGCAGGAAAAACACACGCUUUCAUUGCAAGAGAAAGCUCAGGAGUUGGAGGAGAUAUCUUGCCAGCUUUCAGCCAUCAAGGAAGAGAAGGAACAGGUGAUUAAAGAUGCCCAGAACCUCAAAGAAGAGCUUGCCAUGAGAGAAACCACUGUGCAGAAACUACAAACAGAGCUCAGGGAGGCAGCAAGCAAGCUGGAGAGUGUAUCUACAGGAGAGGAUUUGCUUAAAGGACAAGUGGAAACCAUGGAGAAGAAUCUGAACCAGGCCUUGAACGAAAGAAACAUCUUGCAGGACGAGCUCAGAAAAGCAGAGGAUGCCAACAAAGAGAGAUUACAGAGUUUAUCCGAAGAGUUGAACAACACCCAACAAAAGUUAAACGUGCUAGACGCUUCCAAAUGUAAAGAGGGUAAGGAUCUCCAGAAGAUGCUUGCAGAGAAAAAUGCUGAACUGCAAAAUAAAGAAAAAGACUUCUAUGAACACCUAUGUGCCAUCACAAAGGAGCUGGAGAAGUGUUGUCAAGAUGCUCAGGUUAAGUUAGAUGGUUUCUCCGAAGAGCUGCUUAAGAAAGUUGAGGGAAGGGUUGGAGAGUUACAACACAGAAUUAUGCAUCAUCAGAAGAAAGUUGCAUAUCUUGGAAAUGCUUCCUUGACAAAGGACAACAGAAUUCACACCUUAGAGAAAGAACUUCAGCUGACCGUUGAAGAGAACCAGAAUCUAAAGAGCGCUUUUGAAGAGUUGACUCUUCAGUUUAAUGCAAAUUCAGAAAAUCUCAAAGCCUUACAAGCCGAAAGGGAGACUCUGCAAUCUGUUGCGCAAAGUAGCUCUCUUGUACUUUCCGAGAAGGACCUUCGCAUCGAGCAGCUUUGUGAAGAAAACAAAAGCAUAUCAGAAAAUCUCAAUUCUCACGUUAUGCAAAUAAGCAAUCUAGAAUCGGUCAUAAAUAACCUGAAGACCCAGUUAGCAAGUAGCAUAACUGAGAAAGAAGAAGCCAUAUCUCUGCUGAAUCAGCAGCACGGUGAGGAAAAGGAAAGGCUUAUACACCAACUGAAGGAGACCGUGAAUGGAUUGGAAAAAGAGAAGAGCUCUCUUCAAGAGCAGGCAGACUCACUCAGGAACAAACUCUCUGAACUCAAACCUAAGUUCAGACAGAGCCGCAGCACUGUUAAAUCCCUUCAGGAAAAAAUGACGGACCUAGAGAAGCAGAUGGCUGAAAAGGAUGCGCACCUUCAGACGCUCACUGCCAGCAUUGACAAUCACUCCAUGAGUAAGUCCGAGAUGGACCAGGCACUUAGUGAAAAAGAGCAGAGGGUUCAGUCCCUGACAUCAGAGCUUGAAAACUGCUCGAAGAAAAUCUGCGAGCUUGAAGAGCAACUAGAUCUUCGAACUAAAGAACGGGAGCAACUCGCGGCGGAUUUGAAACAACACCAAAGCAUUCGUGAAAACGAAAAGACGGAGCUGAUGAAACGACUGCAGGAAGCUCAGGACCUUAGCUCUCACAGUGGUGCCCUAGUCCAGAAAACCGAGGAAAGUCUGCAGUCCUUGCAGACAGAUCUCCAAGCUUCCAGAUUGGAACUGGAAUCCCAGCGGAAGGAGUUUGAGACGGAGAAGGAGGAGAUUCUCAGAGCAAAAGAGGAGGCCGUGAGAGCUGCAUCCUCCGAGACGACUGGUAAAUUUGCAGAGUUGAAGAAGAAAGCCGAGCAGAAAAUUGGUAUGAUUCGUAAACAGUUGACAUCACAAAUCGAGGAGAAGGAGCAGGCCAUCAGAGAUCUGCAAAGACAACUAGAAGAAGUCCAGCAUACUCGGCUUGAAAAGGAGGAACGUAUAAAGACUCUGGAGGAAAAUGAGAAGAUGAUAGAGGAGACCGUUGCUAAAUUAAAAGAAGAACAUGAACGAUAUCUACGAGAAAUGGGUAAGGAUAAAGAGACCUCGCUUCAGAGCCUAAAAGGCACGUAUGAAGAGAAACUUUCAGAUCUUCGUAAAGACGUUUCUGCGAAAGAGGAGGAACGUGCUGUUGCUGCUAGAGAAAAAGUUGAGACGCUUUUAAAAGUUGGAGAGCUUGAGACUAAACUCUCAGAUUCUGUUGAACAGAUUACAAACUAUCAAUUUGAGAUAAGUCGUCUUACAGCAGCCCUGCUUGAGCACACAGCACUUGUCCAAGAGCUUCAGGUCCAGAUUGAAGAGAAACAGAAUGAGGUAGUUGAGAAAGUUAUAGAAGCUCAAACUACCUGCAGUGCUUUAGGAAUGGAGCCGGAGAUGGACACGGUUAAGGAGCAAGAGGACUGGAGAAUUCAGAAGGACUUGUUGGUGAAGGAGUAUGAGGAGAAGCUCCAAGAGUUGCAACAAAAACUCGAAGAGAAAGAAAAUCAACUUAAAGCACAACAGAGUUUACCUCAAGGGAACGGGGAGAUGAACAGCGAGUGCUUGAUCGAGGAUUCGAACUCCUCAGAGAAUGAUCUUCAGCGAAAGCUGACGGAGGCUGAAAGCGAAAAACAGAAGCUUCACAAAGAUUACACCAGGCUUCAGAAAGACCUCCGCUCUCUGAGGAAAGAGCACGAGAAGGAGCUGGAUUACCUGAAAAAGGAGAUGGCUGAGGAAAAUGAGAAGAUGCUGAAGCUCGAACUGGAAGAUAUGGCGAUAAAACAGAGUUCUGCUAUUAAGCAGUUAAUGAGGGAGUUUAACACUCAGAUGGCCUUGAAGGAGAAGGAACUAGAAGGCUCAAUAAAGGAGACCAUCGAGAAGGCUCAGGGUGUUGAAACCGAUCUCAUAAACAGCAAUCGAGAAGAAGUGAACCAGCUCCAAAAAAUAAUCGCUCAGAAGGACGAAGACCUGAACAGAACGGUUCAGCGCUAUGAGCUGGUCCUUCAGAGCCGCGAGGAGGAGAUGGGCGGCCGCGUGUGGGAGGUGCAGAAGGAGUUAGAAGAGUUACAGCAGAGAAGUGUCCGUGGCCCUCAGGGCCUCGAUGAGCUGAAGCUUCAGCUUGCAGAAAAGACGACCCUGCUGAGCGAAGCCAGGCUGAAGGAGCAGGAAUACCAUGACAGGAUUCAUGCACUGGAGGACAAGAUAAGACGUUCCCAGAAACACACAGUGGUGACACACCUGGGAAGCACAUAUAAAGAUGCUUCACACAACAGCGUCGACCCUUUUUCCGAGCCCACCGAGUUUGAGUACCUCCGGAAGGUUAUGUUUGAAUAUAUGAUGGGACGAGAGACUAAGACGAUGGCAAAAGUUAUAACAUCCGUGCUGAAGUUUCCCCCUGACCAGGCACAGACGGUUAUGGAGCGGGAGGAUUCCCGUGUGAUGCCUUGGCUCCGGUGAGGUGGAUGAACCGUGCCGGAACCUGCUUGACAGAAGAACAGAUGCAUCUGCUGCUGAGAGACCAUUGUCAUGAAAGCACCCGGUCUUCUUAUCUGAGAGAGAGAGAGCAUGUGUGAUUUUACGGUUACUGGUACAAGGGAAUUAGGUUAGAUUAAGAUAUUGAGAGAAAGAAAUAUUCCUGCUUUAAAUAGCUUGCCAGGAAAUAAUUUAUUAUAUGGACUUUUUUUGCUUUUUUAGCUUAGAUGGUUCUUUUAUAAAGCUGCAUUUGUAUGAUUUGUGCAAUAUGUUUGAUUGUAAGUUUCAGUUUGAUUCUUUUCCUGAAAUAUUUUCUCUGUAUUUCGUUUUUCUUUGUUUUAUAGUAAAAUGAAAUUACCCUUUAACUGUCUGUCCAGGACAUGUAUGAUAUAGACACGGGCUCCUAGUACUGUAAGAUGAUUGUAUACUGAUUUAUAUUCUAUGUCUUAUUUAAUACGGUAUUUUCUAGGGAAACUGACAGAAUAGAAUCAUGCUUCAUAUUGUAAAUUGUAAAUAAUCAUAUAUGCAAAAAAAAAUGCUAUAAAUCUCUGUUGGGCACAUUGCGGUGGUUAAUACAUUUUAAGACAAAUAAUAAACGUUUUAUUUACACUA